UAUAAAUAUGUAUUUGCAACUUUAACUAAAUUCAUUCAUUGUACACCAUAUACUCCUUAAUCCUUAGUCCUCUCAACAUAUCCUUAAUCCUUUCAACAACAUAAGCAUGGUAUCCCAAGAUCCAAAGGUACAUUUUGUGUUAUUUCCAAUGAUGGCACAAGGCCACAUGAUCCCCAUGAUGGACAUUGCAAAAAUAUUGGCACAACAUCAAAAUGUUAUUGUUACAAUAGUAACCACCCCAAAAAAUGCAUCUCGUUUCACAUCAAUUGUAGCACGUUGUGUUGAAUAUGGUCUUGACAUUCAAUUAGUCCAACUUGAAUUUCCAUGUAAAGAGUCUGGAUUACCAGAAGGGUGUGAGAAUCUUGACAUGCUACCUGCACUUGGCAUGGCCUCAAACUUCCUCAAUGCAUUAAAGUUUUUCCAACAAGAAGUUGAAAAGCUAUUUGAAGAGUUCACAACACCAGCAACUUGUAUCAUCUCUGAUAUGUGUUUGCCAUAUACAUCCCACGUAGCUAGAAAGUUCAAUAUUCCAAGAAUUACUUUUCUUGGAGUAAGUUGCUUCCAUCUCUUCAAUAUGCAUAAUUUUCAUGUCAAUAAUAUGGCGGAAAUCAUGGCCAAUAAAGAAUCUGAAUACUUUGAAUUGCCUGGUAUCCCUGACAAAAUUGAAAUGACAAUAGCACAAACAGGACUAGGAGGAUUAAAGGGUGAAGUUUGGAAACAAUUUAAUGAUGACUUGCUUGAAGCUGAAAUAGGUAGUUAUGGGAUGCUCGUGAAUUCUUUUGAAGAGUUAGAGCCAACAUAUGCAAGGGAUUAUAAAAAGGUAAGAAAUGAUAAAGUUUGGUGUAUUGGUCCUGUAUCACUUAGUAACACUGAUUACUUGGAUAAGGUUCAAAGAGGUAAUAAUAAUAAUAAGGUUUCAAAUGAUGAAUGGGAGCACUUGAAGUGGCUUGAUUCUCAUAAACAAGGGAGUGUUAUCUACGCAUGCUUUGGCAGUUUAUGCAAUUUAACACCACCACAGUUGAUAGAGCUUGGUUUAGCAUUAGAAGCAACAAAAAGACCCUUUAUUUGGGUUUUAAGAGAAGGAAAUCAGUUAGAAGAGUUGAAAAAAUGGCUUGAGGAGAGUGGAUUUGAGGGAAGAAUCAAUGGUAGAGGCCUAGUGAUUAAGGGUUGGGCUCCUCAGUUAUUGAUAUUGUCGCAUCUUGCAAUUGGAGGAUUCUUAACACAUUGUGGUUGGAAUUCUACUCUUGAAGCAAUAUGUGCUGGUGUACCAAUGGUUACAUGGCCACUUUUUGCGGAUCAAUUUUUGAAUGAAAGUUUUGUUGUGCAAAUAUUAAAAGUUGGUGUGAAAAUUGGGGUGAAGAGUCCUAUGAAAUGGGGUGAAGAAGAGGAUGGUGUGUUGGUGAAGAAGGAAGAUAUUGAAAGAGGAAUAGAAAAGUUAAUGGAUGAGACAAGUGAAUGUAAAGAAAGAAGAAAAAGGAUUAGAGAGCUUGCUGAGAUGGCUAAAAAGGCUGUAGAAAAAGGUGGAUCUUCUCACUCUAAUAUUUCUUUGUUCAUCCAAGAUAUCAUGAAGAAAAAUAAAGAUAUGAUGUCAUCAUUUAUCCAUGGAAAUGCCAAUUCAAAAUGAAAAGACAUUCUUACAAAAAGAAAAGAAAAAAAAAAUUGAUGGGAGUUUUACUAUUUCAUUUAUGUAUUCUUGGAUGUUUUACUGUCUGUCUAGUUACAAGCAUAUUUGUCUCUAUUAAAAUAUACUAUUUUUUCUAUAUUGAAUUGCGAAGUAGGUAUUCUUUUUCGUUGGUAAA